AUGUGGUGGUCUUCCGAAAAGGAAGUAGUGGAGAAGUAUUACGCUCAGGUAUUCAAAGAACGUUCAACGCGUGAUGCGUUUGUCCUGGAUCCUGUUAAAAUGGCUGUUUCGCCGAAUGGAAAAUAUGUAUUUAUAAUUGGUAGUCGAAACAUAGUGGUAACGUCAGAGCGCAGUCCGCAAGACUGGGUCACUUCGUUUCGAAUCGACAUAUACGAUGUGGAAUUGGAAGGACGUCGAAUGAUAUCAGUGAAAGAUCUGUUUGACUUUGGCGACUAUCUUGUCCACGUUUACGCCCUGGAUGAGGAGACGCUUAUCCUACUUGACUACAAUCAUCGACAGACAACAUUGCGGCAACGCAUUAUCAAAAUUGAUGGAAACGCAGCAAUUUCGCCAUUUCAUCGCACCUAUCGUUAUGGAACCUCGCAGACCUCAUUUAUUAAAGCAGCGGUUGGUGAUAAAAUAUGCGCUAUCAUCAGCAGGCAGCGUUUUGGGGGACAGUUCGUCGUAUUGGUCAUUCCGAAGAAUCCUGCUGAUUUCACGAUGGGAUAUGAUUUAUCCAGAUCCGUCAAUGAUAUGAACAGUGAACUGCAGCUAGCAUUGGGACUCAAUAUUUGUCACUAUGUUGCGCCAUUUUUCUCGCGCUCCGAUCAGGAUCUGUGUUUUCUGACCAUAAACAUGCUUACGCUCAGUAUUGAAUCUUCAACGAUUAGCUCAGCUCCAGACGAAAUCAGUGGUUUCCCAAGAGACGAAUAUCUGCAAACACCUGUCAUGGUCGAUUGUUUCAUCUGUCAGAAUGGCAAUCUACAGGUCGGUCUGGUUGCUCGCUAUCGAACACCACCAAGUCAUUGGCGUUGGCAAGCUUGUUCGAUGCUUCAGUGGAUACAUAUGCGAUUGAUGCGACUCUUCUUCCUCACAAUGGAUGCGCAAGUUGAUGUACUCGGCAAAGUUAUCCUUUAUAUGACAACAUUUCUCAGUUACCUCAGAGAUCGUCUUGUGCUACGACCAUAUGCAAGAUUGGGCAUACUGAACCUGAAGUCUUGGAAAUGGAUAGAUUAUUCCUAUAUGCUGAAAGAUGUCCAUUACGUGGAUCAACUGACCGAUCUCGCAUCCGAAAGUGGACAAAUCGUUUCUUUCAUUUCACAGACAUGGUCAGAGACGGACUGUGAACAAAGCAUACGCAUUGGGAAAUCUCCGGUAUCCGCAAUGUCGCUAAUGGCAAUGGCCGAUUUUGAAUUACGACGCCUGGGCAAUACCGAACUAUGCAAUGUACGAGGCGAAUUCUUGAAGCAUUUAAGGAAAACUUGA